UUCAAAGAAAUUCCCGCGUAGUUUGCAGCGUUUGGAAAAAACAAAUGCCUGUGCGGCCAAUAAAACCAAAAGAAGAAGAAGAAUAUAUGCCUGUGUUUACAAGCGAAUGACCACGAUGUCAAAACUAAAGAGGAAAAAAUCAGCAGUGGAGGAAUGUAGAUCCGAGCAGCAGUUCCGGAUCAAAAAGACAAAUGAGAAUGUAUGCACAGUACAGGAAAGUAAUUGCAGUAAAACGUCUACAGGCAGUUCUGCUGCUGAUGCUGUGUCAUGGUGGGAGAGAUCUGAAUUAAGUGAUGUGGAGAGAAUCUGGGCUCUUACCUGGAGGGCUCUUUGCCCAACCCUGCAGCCAAACAAGGAAGAAUAUGUUCCAAAGCUUCCUCCACCCUCAUCCACGUUCCCUCAGAGAGGUCCUGUAGAAAAAGUAAGUGAUUGGCGAUGGCACAGUCCAGAUGAAGAUGUUAAUGCCCCUCCUGAUCUGCCUGCUCCAUCUUUUCUCAAUCACCUACCACCAGUGAAUGAUUUUAAUCCGCAUUCACACACUCCAGUAGCACAGAACACAAGGGAAUCUGGACAAUUACCCCUCAUCAAUCAAGAAAGUCAUAAAUCUCACAUUUCUCAGCAGCGCCACCUAGAGGAAAAAGUAAAUUGUGGCCAUGCAUCUUCAGACAAACCGAGCAACAAGCUUGGCCCGGUAGGAAAAGAAUCUGAAUGUUGUGAGAUGGAGCAUCAUGGGAAGACAUCCAUCAAGAGUUGUAGCUCGUUAGUGAGAGCCCCCAGCAAUGAAAUGGUUGAGGGAGUUAAACUGAACACAAAGGCACCUUCUGGGGACAGGAACAGACAAGACAGUUCAGGCAUGACAGGAGGGCAAGGUAGAGAGUGGGAAAAGCAAUGUCAAAAAAGUAUGUCAGAAAAGCAAGUGGGUGCUGGAGGAUCUUUAGGAAGACUGGAAGUAGAAUCAGGAGCAAGAGGAUCUGGGCUGGGAAAAAAAUCAGGAGUAGGAGGCUCUGGAUCAGGGCUACAAACAAAAUCAGUACGAGGAGGAUCUGGAUUAAGCUGGGGAACACGAGGAUCUGUGUUGGGAUUGGGAGCAAAAUCAGGAGCAGGAGGAUCUGGAUCGGGGCUGGUAAUAAAAUCAGUGGCAGGAGGAUCUGGAUUGGGAGCAAAAUCAGGAGCAGGAGGAUCUGGAUCAGGCCUGCAAACAAAUUCAGGACCAGGAAGGUCUGGAUUAAGCUGGGGAACACAAUCAGAAGCGGGAGGAUCUGGAUCAGGACUAGGAGCAAAAUCAGGAGCAGGAGGAUUUAAAUCAGAGCUUGGAGUAAAAUCAGAAGCAGGAGGAUCUGAAGAAGGGUCUGGAUCAGGACUGGAGUGCUGCCCUAUGUGUCUUAUGCCAUUUCAUGCAGGGUUCUCCCAAAUGGAAUGUGAUGCUCAUCUUGCACAGUGUUUAUCGGAGAUGAAUGAAGAUAUUGCCUGGUGAUGAUAACACAAUCAUGUUAUAUAAACCAGUCUGCUGGAUCCCUGUGUUAUCUUCCUCCAUGUGUGCUUUACAUUGCAUCACGAGGAUAUGUACAGAUAUUCCAUACAUAUUUAUCCUGAACUUUAUAAGUUAAUGUAAUAUUUACAUCUAAAAUUUGAGUAAAAGAUCACAUGAAAAAAAUACCAAUGCAAAUGCAUUUUUUCUUUCCUGUCUUGACAUUAUUCCUAUUGAAAAAAUACGUUUGAGGUGUUUUUUGUAUUAUUAUUUAAAUAGCCAAUAUCCUUUAGUUUACAUCACACCCGUGAACCAUGAUUUGCUACUUCCUGUUGCUAGUCAGAAGUGAUAUAACAGCACAUUCUCUUUCUAGACUAGA